AACAACAACAAAGAUGAAUGAUACACGAAGUGGAAAGAAGGAAUUAUGUCAACAAAUACAAGUAUUUGUUCGUAUUAGGCCUAUAAAUAAUUCUGAAAAAAAUGAUAAAUGUACAAAUAUAUUAGAAAUUCCUAAUGACAAAGAAGUAAUAAUUCAUGAACGUCCAUAUGAUAAAAUUUCUAAAAAAUUUAAAUUUAAUAGUGUAUUUGGACCUUCUGCAAAACAGAUCAAUGUAUAUAAUGUUGUUGUUAAUCCAUUAUUGGAACAAGUUUUGGCUGGAUAUAAUUGUACAGUAUUUGCAUAUGGUCAAACUGGUACAGGAAAAACAUUCACAAUGGAAGGAAUUAACAAAGAACCAAGUUUAUAUUGGCACAGUGAUUCAUCUGCUGGUAUGAUACCACGUUCUUUAAGUCAUUUAUUUGACAAGUUGCAAGCAUUGGAAACACAAGAAUAUACAGUUAGAGUUAGUUUUCUUGAACUCUAUAAUGAAGAUAUAUUUGAUCUUCUAUCAAAUAAUCAUGAUGCAUCUAAAUUAAGACUAUAUGAAGAUGCAUCAAAGAAAGGUGCAGUAAUUGUACAUGGAUUAGAAGAAGUAACAAUACACAAUACAAGUGAAGUUUAUAAAAUUCUCAAAAAAGGAUCAGACAAAAGACAAACAGCUGCAACAUUUAUGAAUACUCAAUCUAGUCGAUCUCAUACAAUAUUUUCAAUUACUGUACAUAUGAAAGAAAGUACUAUAGAUGGUGAAGAAAUCUUGAAAACAGGAAAAUUAAAUUUGGUCGAUCUGGCGGGAAGUGAAAAUGUAGGAAGAUCUGGCUCUGUUGAUAAAAGAGCAAGAGAAGCUGGUAAUAUUAAUCAGUCGUUAUUAACUCUUGGUAGAGUUAUUACAGCUCUUGUUGAAAGAGCACCACAUAUACCUUAUCGAGAAUCUAAACUUACAAGAUUGUUACAAGAAUCAUUAGGUGGUCGUACAAAAACAUCAAUUAUUGCAACUGUAUCUCCUGCUAAUAUUAAUCUUGAGGAAACAUUGUCAACUUUAGAUUAUGCACAUCGUGCGAAAAAUAUUACUAAUAGACCAGAAAUAAAUCAAAAACUUUCAAAACGAGAAUUUUUGAAACAAUAUACAGAAGAAAUAGAAAAGUUACGAAGAGAUUUAUUAGCUACACGCGAAAGAAAUGGUGUUUAUCUUGCAGAUGAUAAUUUUAAAGAAAUGCAAACAUUAAUUUCACAACAAAAUAAGGAAAUAGAAGAAAAAAUUAAUCAUAUAAAAGCACUUGAAAAAAUUAUGCAAGAUAAAGAGAAAAUAUUUAAUGAACUUGAAUCACAAAAUAUUGCUCAAAUGAAAGAAUUGAAUGAAAUUAAAACUAAAUUAAAUAAUGCUACUGAUGCUUUACAAUCAACAUAUAAUCGAUUAAAAUUAACAAUACAAGAACGAGAUGAACAAAAAUAUUUAACAGAAAAAUAUAUGACUACAGAGCAAUCUUUAUUAAAUCAAGCUCAGACUUUAGUAAAUGUUGUAGAUACUGCAAUAACAGAUUCUUAUAGAUUACAUGAUAAAAUUGAACGGAAAAGCGAAAUGGAACGAAAAUUUGAAGUCCUUGGUAAAAGUUUAAAAAAUAAUGUUUCUGAUUGCUUACAAAAUAUUAAAAAAGAUGUAUUUACAUAUGGCGAAAAAUUGAAGGAAGUUUUUACAUCAAUGAAAAAUGAUCUUGGAAUUUAUAUUAAAUAUGAGAGUAUUGACACAGCAACAAAUAUUCCAAAUCAAUCUAAUAUUAAUAAUUUAAAAAAAAAUAUAAUAAAUGAAUCUUAUUCAAAUUACCAAAAUUGGAUACAAAAUGAAAUGAAAAAUGCGGCAAAUACGUUUAAAUCUGAACAUGAAUUAAUGAGUGUAAUUUCUCUAAAAUUGGCUCAAGACAUUGACAAAAUAAUAGAAAAUGAAAUAGCUAAAAACUUAAAAAUUAUAAGAAAUAAUAUAUCUGAAAAAUUAAAACAAACUUCAAUUUCUUUAAAAGAAAUGAUAGAUUCAGUUUGUAUAGAAGAAUUAAAAAGUUAUAAUCAUAUAAACAAAAAUGUUAAAAAUAUUAUAAAAAAUAUAGAAAUACUUUGUAAAAAGCAAGAAUUUAGUCAGAAGCAACAAUCAUUUAUAAAAAUGCUAAAAAAUGUAUUUUCGCAAUUCAACGAGUUAAAAGAAAAUCAAGAAAAGUAUUACUGUACUGCAAUUAAUAAUUGUGAUUAUGUUAGUAAAAUUUGUAAUGAAAUUGGUGACCAAGCAACAACUAAUUUUAAUAUAAAUACUAAAAUGAUGAAUGAUUUGAUAGAUUAUAUAGAAAAUGAUAUAGAGAAAAUUGAAAGUAACAUUAUUAUUGAAACAAAAAAAAAUGAAGAAAUUGCAAAUAGAAUUACAACACAAGGAAAAGAUUUAAUAAAUGAAUUAAAAUCAAAUGUAAAUGAAAGUUAUAAUGUAUUGAAACAAUACAACAAUAUUAUGGAAUGCAAUAUUAAGGAAACACAACUGAAAAUGGAUAUAGAUAAGAAUAUGACUUUUUCGUUAAUUGAUGAUGCGUACAAGAUAAUUUCAGAUGCAAAUAAAAAUCAUAUAGAAUUUGUGAGAGAUAAAAAAAUAAAAAUUUCUGAUAUUUCUCAAGAGAUAUCUAUAAAAUUAGAAAAUCAAAUAAUGGACUCUUGUGUAUGGAAUAAUAACUUUGUGGAACAAUUACAAAUGACAGAUGAUGAAAUCAACAAAUUUUUUGAUAAAGAUGUACAACGUGAUAUUUCAACAGGAUUAACACCUGCUAGAAAAAAUUUUUCUUAUCCUCGUCAGUUUGUAGCAACAUCACCACAUGAAAAAAUUCUUAAAAGAUUUAGAGAAACCACAAAAAUUUUUGAAACAAUACAAGAUGAUUAUACGCAAGAAGAUAUGUCUAUGAAUGAUGAAACAAUACUAAAGCAAAUUGCAAAUUCAACUGCAUUAUCUGAUGUAACAUUUGUAUCUUCUGGAGUUGAUAAUACAACAAUUAGUAAGCAAAUUGCAGAUUCAACUAUAUUAUCUGAUGUAACAUUUGUAUCUUCUGUAGCUGAUGAUAUAACAUUUACUGCAUCUAUUUUUAAUAAUGAUGAUUUAUCAAAGCAUACUAGCUCUUCUGAUUCUAUAGAUUCUCAUAUUGAAAAUGUUAUACAUAAUAUAACAUAAUGUUAUAUAUUAAAUAUUCAAUCUUAUAUUUAGUCUGAACGAACAUUUAAUGCAAAG